AUGUGUAUUUCUGAGGCCACCACUUUCCUUGGCGACCGAUUAGAUAGAUCGACAGAAGUGUUGAUUAAUCAAUCGCUUUGGAAGCACGAUUUACCGGGGAAACCCACUCGCGAUCGGUUGGCUCACCAGCGCCCCUCUGCUCAGGUAUCCGAAGACACGGGAAGACCAUAUAUUAACCUACUAUGUAGGAUCCGCAUUCAUACCUUUUUUUUGAGCGUCCUAAACGCUAUACGUUCGACCUUUCGCUCACUUCCUGACAUACUAGUAUCCGCCGCUUCUUUCCUGACAUACGAUUACCUGUUGAACUUCAACCGAGAGGUUACCCUGAUCUGGUACUCUCCAUGGACAUAUACGAAGGUCCUGUACUUCAUCGUACGAUACCUACCAUUUAUCGAUAUCGUCUUUCUCCUCCGAUUCCAACUAGUCCUUGGGCUGACGAAGGAUGACUGUGGUUGGAUAUUCCCUGCGGUUUCUUGGCUGACGACGGUUUCUACCUUCAGCGCAGAAGGUAAACACCUCUCCUCAACCUCACUCCCUAUCAUCGUUUCUGAGCACAUCCUCGCAGUCAUCAUGAUGAUCCGAACAUGGGCGGUAUGGCAACGAGAUAAGAGGAUCGCGGCUGUGUUCGGCGCUCUGUGCUGUGCCUACAUUGGGCUCGCGGUGAGCGGUAAUAUUGGGUUCGUCAACAGUAUCAUUUUGGCGGACCCACCGUACCCGGGGUUCAGAGGCUGCUUGGUCUUGGGUGCUGCGAACAGUUUGACAAACACGUACAUCACCUUGGUGGUCAUGGAGUUCCUUAGGAAAGGAGGUAUCGGGAAUCGGCUGUCGCAGAUCAUUCAUCGAGAUGUCGGCUCCAUCAUGAAUUACGUUGUCACUCCAUUCUCUCACCUGCUCCUGCUCGUUCAGCUUCUCAUCAUCGGUCUUCUCUGGACACAGCUAGAUCUCCACUUCAGUUUCGUCCCAGUCUGUAUGGCACUCUACUCGUCGCUCACGACCCGUGUGCUCCUUAACAUUCGGGAAGUCGCGCGCGGGGGCCGUAGCCUAGAAAGUGGGGCUACGACGCAGUUGCAUGAUUAUACUCUUCCGUUGGCGUUCCAUUCGCGAACUCAGGAUACUACUACAACGGAAACAAAAUAG